AUGGCUGUCGAGCAAAAAAUAUUUAUUGCAGCCGGCUUUAAUGACUCUGGUAAACUGGAAAUCAUUUCCGAAAAAGAGUCGUUUCCUUCUGCUUCGACGAGCAUCAAUCAACUGGAUAUUAACCUUAGCGAUAUCAACUGGUUCAACUACGUUUUCUGCGGCGCAAAAGCGAUCGAGGAACUCUUCUCGCGCCCACUUUCUCGCGGUUUGAAUCUCUACGUUUCCGGAAACAUACCAAUGGGAUCUGGUCUCUCCUCUAGCUCUGCUUUGGUUGUCUGCUCUGCACUCUGCUUUCUUCAGUCAGAAGGACUCGUCGCAAAAACAACGCGAACCGAAUUGGCGAAUGCUUGUGCACGAGCAGAGCGGCACAUUGGAACCCAGGGCGGCGGAAUGGAUCAGUCUAUUUGUUUGCUGGCAGAAUCUGGAGAAGCGAAGCGUAUCGACUUCAAUCCUCUCGCCGCUACUAAAGUUCAACUUCCAGAAAAGGCAGCCUUCGUGAUUGCGCACAGUUGCACAAAGAAGGAAAAAGCGCUGUCUAACGACUUCAAUCGCCGAGUGGUUGAGUGCAGAAUCGCAGCUCUCGCUCUUCAAAAGUACAAAACGGGAAAACUUGAUUUGGAUAACAUUCCAAAGCUAAAGGAGAUACAAAAUAUGUACAAUGGCACUCUGGAACAAAUGGUUCAUCAGCUGGACUUUGCUUUUGCUUGUCCGAAAGGGAGCAGAAAGCCCAACGAUAUCCUGAGCCGCGCUCAAGUUUUGGAACUUUUAGAUAUUUCGGAAGAAGAAUUUGCGACAAAAAUUCUUUCACCUAAUACUCAACAAGUUCAAGAAUUCAAUGUUUUCAAAAGGGCCGAUCACGUUUACUUAGAAGCGCUUCGGGUCGUUCAAUUCGAAAAUAUCUGUUCGACCGGCGGAAAUAAUACUUUGGAGAAAUUAGGAAUUCUGAUGGAUGGCUCCCACUGGAGCUGCUCGAAAGGAUACGAGUGCUCCUCAGUGGAGCUUGAUGAGCUCACGAACGUUUGUCGAGAAGGAGGAGCUUAUGGAUCCCGUUUGACAGGUGCUGGCUGGGGAGGAUGCUGCGUAUCUCUUGUCGAUGCUGACAAUGUUGAUGAAUUUAUGGAAAAAGUCAAGAAAAACUUCUACAGUAAAACUGCCGAUCGAUCAUCAAGACUUCCAGAAGCCAUCUUUGCUUCAGUACCAAGUGCUGGCGCUGGGAUUUUUGACAAGAAUCAUAAUCAGCUUUUCUAA